GGCAGGGCCCAGUCCAUGGGAGACCAGCGGCACAGCUCGCUCCGCAGCCACCAGGGCGCCGAGGCGGAAGGCCGGCCCGACAGGGGGCAGCACGAGGGUGUCCUGGGCAUGCGGGGUCCGGGGCCUGGGGGCCGAGGACCCCAGGACCCCAGGUACGUGGACGACGGGGACCUGAGAUCCGAAGAGCAGGAUAAGGAGGUCCUCCCAGAGGAGGUGACCAGGGAAGACAUGGUCCCCAGUCCCCGGAGCCCCAAGGUGGCCCUGAUGACGCUGCAGGGGGUUCUGGAGAAGGACACAGAGGACGGCAUCCCUGAGCUGAGCCGCCUGUCCAUUGCUCAGGGGGUCCCCAGCGCCUCCAGGGCCAGAGGCAGGAAGAGGAGGAGGGGGGUCUUUGAGCUGGCAAAGCCCAAGACCAACUGGCAAGUCCUGAAAGACAGGAUGGGGUGCUGCUGUCAGGGCUUUGCCUGGGUGUCCCCGUGCAAGAGGAACUUGCAGUUCUGUGUGUGGUGGGCACGGGAAGUCUGUGCCCCGGCUUCCUCGACCCUGAGCCGCGACUCGGUGUAUUCCAGGCCUUCUGUGUACUGGACGGAGAGGUUUCUUGAAGACACCACCCUCACUAUCACAGUGCCAGAGGUGUCCCGCCGCGUAGAGGAACUGGCUCGACCUAAGAGGUUCUACUCUGAGUAUUACAACAACAGCAGGAGCACCCCCAUCUGGCCCAUUCCUCGCUCCUCCCUGGAAUACCAAGCUUCUAGUCGCCUGAGGGACCUGGCCAUCCCGAGGGUCCGGAACAACAUUUGGAGCAUAAACAUGUCUGAGGUGUCCCAGGUAUCCAGGGCAGCCCAGUUGGCCAUCCCCAGCCCAAGGAUCCUACGGCUGGCAAAGCCCAGGGCCCCAGCCCCCCUGUUGGAAGAGUGGGACCCCAUGCCGAAACCCAAGCCGCACGUGUCAGACUACAACCGCCUCCUUCACUUGGCCAUGCCCAAGGCCCAGUCGGACCAGUGUGUUCCUGACCGAGAUCCGCGCUGGGAGGUGCUGGACGUUACCAAGAAGGCAGUGGCCAGUCCCCGGAUCAUCUCUCUGGCCAAGCCCAAGGUGCGCAAGGACCUCAACGAGGGCUACGACCCCUAUCGCAUUUCCCCAGCGUCCCUGGUGGCUCAGGCCUCCCCUCGCCUGUAUGAGCUCGCCGUCCCCAAGAGCAUCACCAAAAGAGUGUGAGCGACCCAGGCCUGGCCUCUGAGGUCCCAUUCCCAGUAAACACCCAAAUGCAUCCUAA